CAAUUCCUCCCACUGACACCAAUGAUGGGGCAUGAUUCCUCCCACUGACACCAAUGAUGGGGCACAAUUCCUCCCACUGACACCAAUGAUGGGGCAUGAUUCCUCCCACUGACACCAAUGAUGGGGCACGAUUUCUCCCACUGACACCAAUGAUGGGGCAUGAUUCUUCCCACUGACACUGAUGGAGUACUAUUCCUCCCACUGAUACCAAUGAUGGGGCACUAUUCCUCACACACUGACACUAAUGAUGGGGCACCAUCAUUGGUGUCAGUGGGAGGAAUAGUGCCCCAUCAUUGGUUGUCAGUGGGAAGAAUCAUGCCCCAUCAUUGGGUCAGUAGGAGGAAUCGUGCCCCAUCAUUGGUGUCAGUGGGAGGAAUCGUGCCCCAUCAUUGGUGUCAGUGGGAGGAAUCGUGCCCCAUCAUUGGUGUCAGGGGAGGAAUAGUGCCCCAUCAUUGGUGUCAGUGGGAGGAAUAGUGCCCCAUCAUU